CAUCUUGGGAGACGGACGCGGCCCUCGCAGCGCCUCCUCCGCCCGCCAUGGACUCCCCCCAGGACUCGAAGAAGCCUCGCCUCAGCUUCAGCAUCGACAGCAUCCUUCAGCGGGACUCUCCUCCUCCCGGCAGGACGCGGGAGCCGCCGCAGGACGAGGAGGCGCCCAGGAUCAGGGCCGUCCCGAUCCAGCAGCUGACGGACACGAGCGCGCCCUCGCCCCCGCACGCGUCCCCCGAGCGGCCAGCCUCCUCCGGCAGCGCCUGCAGCGACGCCUCCCUGGCCAGCAGCGACUCGGAGCGCUCCUCCAGCGGCAGCCCCGACGCCCUGGCCGCCAGAGGUCCCGCGGCCGCCCUCCUCCCGCCCGCCUUCCCGCACUGGUCCGUCGGCCGCGCCCACCCCUACCUGCCGCGCCUCCCUCCCCCCGGCGGCCCCCCGCGGCUGCCCCGCGCGCUGCCGGCGUCCAUCACGCUGCGCCGCCACAAGGCCAACCGGAAGCCGCGCACGCCCUUCACCUCCGAGCAGCUGCUGGCGCUCGAGAAGAAGUUCCGCGAGAAGCAGUACCUGAGCAUCGCCGAGCGCGCCGAGUUCUCCGCCUCGCUCAGCCUGACGGAGACGCAGGUCAAGAUCUGGUUCCAGAACCGCCGCGCCAAGGACAAGCGCCUCAAGGAGUCCGAGCUGGAGCGCCUCACGAGGCCGCUGUACCCGGCCUACGGCGGCCUCCUCCCCCUGGGCGACCGCGUGCCCGCCCUCCACCUCCAGAGGCCGCUCGUGCCC